AUGUUAGCCGGGGUUUGGAAGGGAAAAGAUGUGCGGCUAGGGCGCGUGUUUUUUUGGCAGAAACAUCACAUCAAUAAUGAAAAGUUUGGUCACAUUCCUGCUCUCUCUCUAUCUAUCGUCAAGGAGAACAUACUGCUACACUACCUUACCACCGGGGGGCCUUGCCUGCCCGGAACGAGACGGACAGGCUGA